UGCUGCACUAAGUAUGUAAGGAAAAAACAUCUACUUUUCUUUGUAUCCCAGCACACGGUCCUCUCCAGAGAGAGUGCUUACUCUUUUGAAAUGACUGGAUUUUUAUUUUAGUUACUUCAUAAUUCUACAGAACCAGUCCCUAACUAAGUAAGCCUUUCCCUAUUGGAAAAUCUUGUAACCAUAAAGAACCACAAGCAAGAAUCAGGCUGGCUGAGACUGCUAAUCAUUAGAACAUUUGAAACACCCUGCUCUUCUUGGAAGUUCCUAAUGGAAGCCCUUUAGAGGAAGAAUGGAGGUCAGAAGGGCCAGGAUACCUCUGAAAGUUUCUCCUGCAUCAACAACUAGAAAAAGCCCCUGUUACCAGGCUCCACAGACGCUCUUACCAUGUCCCCCACACCGGAUUCCACCACUCUGGAAACAAAACAACAGGUCCAGCAUAAAGCAGAUGUCCCGCAUCAACCACUUGACCCGAAUCAUUAAGCAAACACCCCCUCCCUGCUCCUGGACCAAAAGCACACCCUCCCCAUGGUUCCAGCGUCUAGUUACAUCUCCAAAGGUGCCUCAUACCUAUCCCAAAACAGGGGUAGCGCCAGUAGGCCAACUUAAUCACCAGGCUACAGCUAAGUCAUCCACACUCCACAGAGGGCAUCCACGGGCCCCAGCCAAGCCUUUUCCUAGGCCCAACACCAGGGCCAGGAAAACUGAUGUGUCAUUAAAAGCUGAUAAACAACAACUUGUGCUGGUACCUAGCUCCAAACAUCAGCCUGAGUCUCCAUUGCAUCCCGAUCACCAGACAGCGAAUUCUCCAAGCCCUUCCUGUCAUGUUUCCAAGAUUAACCAAAGCUGUAACCAACCACCUGAGAAGCUUCCAAGCUACGACCAGAAGUCCCCAAGUCCACCACCCCCCGACUGCCAAUCCCCUGAGGUUCCAUCCUGGGAAGAUCACAGGAGCGAGGAUCCCACGUCCGAGGCUGAAGAUAUCCCUAGUCCAGACCCUGAACCCCCAGAGCAGGACCCACCCGAGGCAGAGAGCCUCGAGAACCAGGAUGAGACUUCGCAGAAGUCCACUCCGAGUGUUACCAACUUGAAGCACGUCAUAAUCAUACCAUCCUGUGAUAAUCAGUCCUAUUCUUGGGCCACAGCUUUUGAAUCACCGAGUGAAGCUCAACAUUCUAAGACUUCACACACUAACCUGUGCCCUAGGGAAACAGCAUCACCGUUAAGAUGUGGUGAACAUCCGAUGUCCAAGGCGCUGGGUGUAACGCCGUCCCAUCCGGAUCAAAAAACUAGAGUUGCGCUAACCCCCAGCCCUGAAGAGCAGGCUGAGCAUCUACCGGUCCCCACCACCCAAGCCUCAUUUCCAAUGGAGGUAGAAUGCUGGGAAAUGACAUCACCAAAGACAGACCAUCAGGCUGCAGUUCUAAGAGGUCAGGAUCAGGAAGCCUUACAUCUCCAGGAUAAAGCUUUACCUGAGGGACGUGACCACCUGGAGACCUCUCAGGUGAACAAGGUCACAUCACCAAGAGCCAGCCACCAGGCUGCCGCACGAAGAGGUCCAGACCAUGGGAAAGCAUCUGUAUUAUCACUAGACACAGAGAAAAAGACUCUAUCGGCCUCCAGCCAUGAGACCAUAACUCAAAUCAGCCUUAACUACCAGGCUAGGGAUAUAGUAAGCCUGAUUUCUCAAAGCAAAGCCAGUGUCUCAACUCAGACAGAAACGUGCUGGAAAACAACUUCAGUAGAAAAAGACCACCAGAGCACAAUUCUAGACCAGAAUGGUAAGACAAAACCUGUUAGGAGCGCAACCUUACAGAAUACAAGUCUGCCUGGCUUCCACCAGGCACCAAGUCCAUCCCGCGGUGCCCAUCACUUGGAAAGUGUUCCACGCCCCAACACACAGCCUUCCUUUCCAUCAUCCCACAUAAAAUUGUCAGGGGGUUCAGUACACCACUUCACACCUAGCCCCAACACUCUAGCCCACCAUAAAAACCAGAAUAAGGCUGUAUCAGGCUCCAGAAAUUUCCGUCCGAAUCACACACCUCCAAUUAGGCUGAAUAAUCAUAAAAUACCUCAGGCAAGACCCAGUUAUAGGACUAGAUCUCUACCAAUUCCUAACCAUCAGAAUGAGAUUCUAAUGGCACUAGAUUCUAACCAUCAAGGACCGGCCCGAAACGGGUCCCAACAUCAGGGCCACACUGUUCCAAAAAAACAAGGUCCACGGGGUUUUAACUACAUCAAACCAUACAUUAUUGAGGGAGGAUCUGUGCCUGCUAAAAUUGUUCAUGCCAUCAUCAAUUCCAUCCCUCAAGAGCAAAUAAAAAAUGACAUCAGCAAGCAGAUUCACUUAUGGAGGAUUGGGAAUUCUCCAUCUCAUUGGCCUGGUCAAUUCUUUUCCAGUAAUUACUUGGUCUGUUUAAUUUGUGUCUCCUGGAUCCCAUAUGGCUGUCCCCAUGUUCAAAAAACAAAAUAUCCAUGUGUCAUACAAUUACUGGCCAUACCAAUGCUGCUGCCUGGUUCUAAGCAAAAGCUAAAUGUGAAAUUUAUCUUCCAAGUGCCCCAGACAAUAGCAUGCAACAUUUUCAGCCUCCCAUAUACCCAUUAUUGUUUUCAAAGGCCCUUAAACCGCUCGCCAGUAUUUCCCACAUCUUCCCAUUCAGACCCGGUACUCUCUGAGGCCGUAAAGAAAAAAUGGCUUCACUUCAUCCUUGGCAAGAAUCACCACCUAAGGGGAGAAACCACAAUUAGAAGCCGACAGUCAUGCAUUAAAGAAAUGCCCAGGAAGAGGCGUAGGAGCAACAGAGAAGGGCCAAAAGGAUUAAGACAAAGAGGAAAUUAAAUAAUCUUUUUUUCUCUUUGAAAAGAAAUGAACUGAAAACCUCUACCCUGUAUAUAUUUGAAA